ACUUUCUUGUAUUUUGAUUCUGUAGGAACCGAGAAAGAUUGUGCAAUGAAUGGUGACACUCGGGCUGCCGUGGUGACCUCACCACCCCCGACCACAGCCCCUCACAAGGAACGAUACUUCGACAGGGUGGAUGAGAACAAUCCAGAGUACUUGCGAGAGAGGAACAUGGCACCGGACCUUCGCCAGGACUUCAAUAUGAUGGAGCAGAAGAAGAGGGUGUCCAUGAUCCUGCAGAGUCCUGCUUUCUGUGAAGAGUUGGAAUCGAUGAUACAGGAACAAUUUAAGAAGGGGAAGAAUCCCACAGGCCUGUUGGCUUUACAACAGAUUGCGGAUUUCAUGACCACGAACGUACCGAAUGUCUAUCCCGCAGCUCCACAAGGAGGGAUGGCGGCCUUAAACAUGAGUCUUGGUAUGGUGACUCCUGUAAAUGACCUGAGAGGGUCUGAUUCGAUUGCCUAUGACAAAGGGGAGAAAUUAUUGCGGUGUAAGUUGGCAGCAUUUUACCGGCUGGCAGAUCUCUUUGGAUGGUCUCAGCUUAUCUACAAUCAUAUCACAACCAGAGUGAGCUCCGAGCAGGAACAUUUCCUCAUUGUUCCCUUUGGACUUCUCUACAGUGAAGUGACUGCAUCCAGUUUGGUUAAAAUCAAUAUACAAGGAGAUGUGGUAGAUCGCGGCAGUACUAAUCUAGGAGUAAAUCAGGCUGGCUUUGUGUUACAUUCUGCCAUCUAUGCUGCACGACCGGACGUGAAGUGUGUGGUGCAUAUCCACACGCCAGCAGGUGCUGCGGUCUCUGCGAUGAAAUGUGGCCUCUUGCCAAUCUCCCCGGAGGCACUUUCCCUUGGAGAAGUGGCUUACCAUGAUUAUCAUGGGAUUUUGGUUGAGGAGGAGGAAAAAGUAUUAAUUCAGAAAAAUUUGGGGCCUAAAAGCAAGGUUCUUAUUCUCCGGAAUCACGGGCUCGUGUCAGUUGGAGGGAGCGUUGAGGAGGCUUUCUACUACAUCCAUAACCUGGUGGUUGCGUGUGAGAUCCAGGUUCGAACUCUGGCCAGCGCGGGAGGGCCAGACAACUUAGUCCUCCUGGAUCCUGGCAAGUACAAAGCCAAAUCCCGUUCCCCGGGGUCCCCUUCAGGGGAGGGCAGCAGCUCACCUCCCAAGUGGCAGAUCGGCGAGCAGGAGUUUGAAGCCCUCAUGCGGAUGCUUGAUAAUCUGGGUUACAGAACUGGCUACCCCUACCGAUACCCUGCUCUGAGAGAGAAAUCUAAAAAACACAGCGAUGUGGAGGCUCCUGCCAGUGUCACAGGUUACCCCUUCGCGGGUGACGGGGACCCGGGCACUUGCUCCCCUCUCAGACACAGUUUUCAGAAGCAGCAGCGGGAGAAGACAAGAUGGCUGAGCUCUGGCCGGGGCGACGAUGCUUCUGAGGAGGGGCAGAACGGAAGCAGCCCCAAGUCGAAGACUAAGGUGUGGACGAACGUUACACACGAUCGCGUGAAACCCUUGCUGCAGUCUCUCUCGUCCGGUGUCUGCGUGCCAAGCUGUAUUACCAACUGCUUGUGGACUAAAGAGGAUGGACAUAGAACUUCCACCUCUGCUGUCCCUAACCUGUUUGUUCCACUGAACACUAACCCGAAAGAGGUCCAGGAGAUGAGGAACAAGAUCCGGGAGCAGAACUUACAGGACAUUAAGACAGCUGGCCCCCAGUCCCAGGUUUUGUGUGGUGUAGUGAUGGACAGGAGCCUUGUCCAGGACGCACCCCUCUCUGACUGUACGGAAACAAUCGAAGGGCUCGAGCUUACAGAGCAGACCUUUAGUCCUGCUAGAUCUCUCUCUUUUAGAAAGGGGGAGCUGGUGACAGCCUCCAAGGCCAUCAUUGAGAAGGAGUACCAGCCCCACGUCAUCGUGAGCACCACGGGCCCCAACCCCUUCAACACGCUCACCGACAGAGAGCUGGAGGAGUACCGCCGGGAGGUGGAGCGGAAGCAGAAGGGCCCCGAAGAGCAUCUGGAUGAGGCCAGAGAACAGAAAGAAAAGAGUCCUCCAGAGCCCCCUGCUGCCCCCCAGACCCCCCCCAGCUCCCCCGUCAAGCUUGAGGAAGACCUGCCGCAGGAGGCCACCUCUGGAGAGGACAGUGAUGCUGCCACCUUCAAGCCGACCCUCCCCGACCUGUCCCCUGAUGAGCCUUCAGAAGUGCUCGGCUUCCCCACACUGGAGGAGGGGGGGGAGGGGCUCUGUGAAGCCCACGAGCCUCCCGGCCCCGCCAGGUCCCCUGUGGCCAGCCCUGAGCCAGCUUCGGCUCCGGCAGCGGAAGAGGCCACCUCCCCAGCUGCCGAGGAGGGGGCUGCCGUGGACCCCGGCAGCGAUGGGUCUCCGGGCAAGUCCCCUUCCAAGAAGAAGAAGAAAUUCCGUACCCCCUCCUUUCUGAAGAAGAGCAAGAAGAGGAGUGACUCCUGAAGGCCCGUCCCGCACACACCGACGCCACCAGACUGCCCGAUUGCGUCUUGCGUCCUGUCUUGUGUCAUGGAAUGCAAAAAGCCCAUCCCUCCACGUAGCUAGAGCUCCCCUCAGUGUGACCAAAUCCCCACGUAGACCGGUGCUAACCUCGUGUGUGCGUGCAGCAGGCCUCGGCCUCGGGUGCUGGGGGAGAUGCGUCUCCGCGGCCCCUCUGCCUCCACCCUCACUGCCUGGACCAGCACCCGUGGGCACGCUCUCCCCCGGGGAAGGUGCGUCCUGGUUCUGGCUGGACCGUUGGAGGCCCUGGCGGCUCUGGCCUUGCCCUCCCUCUCCUCCUGUGGUGCAGUCCCCCGUGCUGUGUGUCUGCUAGGCUCCCCCUCACCCCCACGUCUCAGGUGACUGAAUCAGCUUGGAGCUUCCCGCUGGCAUUACCUGCUCUGUGAUCUCACUUGGGUCGUAGCUACAGAGCCUCAGUCCUGUGAAAGCAUUCCUGUGCCCGCCUACGGUCCCGGGCACCCUGACGACCUUUGAGAGCUGGGGACCCAGCAGCAAAGGGGCCCACGUACACCUCACGUGCCCUGUGCAUUGUCUGAUGGCUCUGAGGCCAGAAACGGGGUUCAGGCCCCCCCCGCUUUCUUACUGGGGUCUCUAGAUUCCUGUCAUAGAGAAGAUACAGUAAGAGGGGGAAGAGUCCUUUCUAGAAUUUUCUUUCAGCAGGUUUGCAGUUCAUCCUCCAUUUUGACCAUGAACAUGAACGGGCCAUUUUUUGCUUUAGUUUUCUCCCUCCGGUCUGCCAGCAGGGCGCGGCUCACUUACUGUGCGGGAGGUUUUGGAGCUGGGGAGGGAUCUCCGCUUACUUUAACUCAGCCUGAAAGAUACCCUGGUUUUGGUAAAAGGUAGCUCAAGGUAGAAGGGGACCCAGGGGUCCCUCCCUAACUUCUCACACCAGGCGUUUAUGGAGCCAGGCCCGGCUGUCCUUGUGGGACAUCAUAAAUUUUCACUGAGAUUCCUGAGAAAUCACGUGCAGCUGCUUAGCAGAAACUAGUGGGGGACCCAUUCCAGGGGCCGCCCAGUGCUGGCCUGGCUAGGUGCCGGCUUGCCUCCUCCCUGGAAGCGGGGAGGGGCCCCUGGUGGACCCGGUGCCAGAGCUGGGCUGGGUUCCGCACGCCUGACUCCAAGCAGGACCUGAGGCUGGCUGCAUGGCGCUGACCGCUGCUUUGAGCUUUCUGGAGACUUGCUUUCUCGGUGUAUUGUUUUGUUGCCUUGGUGGUGUUCAGGGUCUCCGCUCUCGCCCCGUCCUUCAGUUAACCACGGACUCUAGCCCUUCCUUUUGUCCCACGUAUGCAAUGACUUUCAUUUCACUUUUGUAGUUUAUUUUAACUCUUUGUAUCACAACAUGAAGUUUAGUCGCGUAUAUGGACACAGACUUGGGAGGAUGGGUCCUGUGUCCUUCACUGUAACAUGUUUUACUCACAAAUAAAAUUCUUUAAGCAGUUUCCUUGUCUAAACUUGGAAAGCA